CGUAUUUAAUUAAACUGUAUAAACCCCAAAAGUCUGUUUGAUUCUGAAUCAAUAAACCAAAUACUGAACAGCUUAUAACCCAUAAAUUCCAUCACAACAAAGCAUUUCUAAAAUUCAGAAGUUAAUCUUGAGAAGCACAGUCCACAAAAUAUAUGAUGUAUCUUUUUAUCUGGUUAUUGAUUUUGUUACCUUGACAUCACCAAAGAUACAGUCAUGCCAACACAUGCUAUUUUUACAAAUUUGUCCUGUUUUUUGUUCAUUAUAAAUGACGAAUGUCACUAGUUUUGAAAGAAGAAAUAUUAUUGUAGUUUUUGUAUUAGUCAUUAAGGCAAGUAAUUAAUAAUUUAAAUAAAUAUAAAUAUAUUAAAAUUCCUAAUUCAGAAUCUUAAAAGCUGCAAGUUCUUAGUACAAUGUGUCCUCAGGGGGAAAAAAUUCAGACACAGGGAUUCCAACAAAUACUAAAAUUUUGUGAUAUAAUCUUAGUGAAAAAGAUGGGGAAGGGAUCUAUGCUAACACCUCACAAGAUGUUCUACAGGCAGGAUAUUACAAACUAAUAUGUGAAUAAUGAGUUCUACUUUGACUGCAAUUCAUAUCUAAUUUGUGCUUGCCACAUAAGCAGUGGAACAAUCUAGUUUUGUCAUACCUGACAUUAGAAGCGAGAUCAAGUAUAAAUCCUAGUCCAUAACCUGAAUCUAAAAAACUCUUUUGGUGUUACCUGUAUACUUGGACCUGAUCCUAGGAUCUGAACUUUGUUUGCUGGCUUCUGUCCCUAAACAUGAAUUACAUUUCUUUCUUUUUAUGUAUUGUUCAUACCAAAGGUUCAAGGAAAGUAUUCAGAAAUCUUCAGAAAGAAAUCUAUAGAUCUUACACAUAAACAGGCCUUUCGUUGUACAAUACAGAAAUGUCACAUCGCCAACAAAGUCUUUUUAAUUUCGCCAUAGCAAAAAAAUGAUUUAACUUGAUACUGUACUGGGAGUGUUGCACAACAGCUAGUUGAUCAUCCUGUUAAACAAAAGCCUAGUGUACUGUACUCUGAAAGACACAUUUUACAGUUCAAUACUGGCCACAGAAAGAUAAAGCAACUUUGAACAUUUAAGAACAACUUGAAUAUUCAUGUUUCUUAAACCGAAGUUGGGACUACAUGCUUAAAAUGGACACAGAGCAUUUUGCCCAUAGUACACAGUCAUUUCAUUAAGUAAUUUUAUCUCUGCAGUUAUUUUUGCUUCUACGCAAUAGGAUUCUCAAAAAUAUUUAUCUGACUAAAAGAUCAGCUAACCUUUUCUAUAUGAAUGAUCUUUCUCUGUGGUGGUGGAUUUUCCCCCAUUGACAAAGAUGCUGUAAUGGGAAUAAUGAGGGAGUUAUAAAACUGUCUUUUGUCACCAAAUGUGAUGUACUUUAUGUCAUUCGUGCCGUUUGCAUAAUUCCCAGUAUGAACACCAAAAUUCUUGGCAUCCGAGUUCAUGGCAGAUGAAACAGUCAGCAAAAGUGUCACCAAAAUAAGCACGUAGAGGUCCAAAAUGAUGAGUUUCCAAAAGCAGCAAGACAGAAUAUUAUUCGUUUGUUUUCUUAGACAGUAAAACUUUUACAUCAGCUAGAGUCUCAGAGAAGAGAUAGCAUCAUCUGAGACACACCUCUCUACUAAUUAUAAAAUUGGUAGACCGCAGCAGCCCCAAUGUCCAAUAUUUGGAAACAAUUCUAUUGCAAUCUUUUUGUCAUUUUCCUAUAGUCUAUCUGGCAGUAAUCUGGCGAUAAUCACGUCCACUUAUUCCAUUAAUUCUUUAUUCAAGAUUUGGACAUUGGCAGCAAACAAUGGGAAUUGUAACCUCCCACAUCUGGAAGGGCUUUUUAUGUGGAAGUCCCAUUUUAGGCCAGACUGAAAACAUGAAAAAUAUACUGGAAGAAGGGAAUGGCAAAUGAGUUUGGCAUUAUUGCCAAGAAAACUGCAUGGUGGCAUCCAUAUAGUUGCCAGAAUUGAGCUCCAAUCAGUAGCAAUGUGGAUAUCUUUAAUUUUAAAAAUGCAAAGUCUUAAAGAGCUGGAAACAGGUGAGAAUGAAGUAUUGAUAUUCAGACAUCUUUGCUCUUGGAUUAUUUAACAUAUUAUCAGAUGGCUAGGGUUGCCGGUUGCCUAUUAGGUUGCCUAUUACUAUAAGACACACACACACACACACACACAAUUACACUUCUGCACACUACAGUGUGUCUAUCCUUGAAUAUCUCAAUUCUCAAUUGCACUGUACAACAGGUGCUCCAGAUCGGUAGCCAGAAGAGUAACCUCGAUGGGAUUUAUACCAUUUCUUUGAAAAUAUGCUUGAGUACAUCAGGCUGAAAAACUCCCAAAUACAUUUUAUUAUAUUAGAAAGUUUAAGGUAUUUGAGUCCUAAUCACGUAAUAAGCAUCACUAACGUGUUCUAAGUUUGAUUUUAUAACAACGAUCUUAUUUCGAUUACCUUUCCGGGAAAAAAAAAAUGCAAUUGUUCUGGCAGAAGAGAGAAGGAAGACACGUGCAAAAAGAACUACGGGAAAAUGGGAAAUAAAAGCAAAGGGGCCCGACAAGAUUGAAGAAACGACUGUGGAAAGAAAAUUAAGUUUUAAGAAACGAAGGGAAGAGUUUUUUUAAAGACUGGAACGAACUGAUCGUGCUACGCCUCCGCAGGCGGCGUGGUUUACGUGGCCUCGCUCCAAUGUCCAGCCAAAUGAGAUACCCAAUUGUCGUCAGCGUUCGAAAAGAAGCAGAUUGGCCAAUGGAAAGCGCCAGAUUAUACUCCGAGAUUGAUUCCACGCCGGCCAGCAACGUCGCCUCUUCUUCGCGCUUUCGCCCUGGCUGUGGUGGAGCGCCCCCUGCCGGCAAAUCCCUCUUCACCAAGCUCCGCCCGUCCCAGGCUGCCCCGCCCACUUUGGCUCGUUUUCUCAGUCUUCUUCGGGAUUAUGUCAUCUGGCGGCAGAUCGAGCGCUUGGCUGCUGUAGUCUUCCCGCGAGCAAAGACGGCUGCUGCUGCUGCUGCUGCUGCUGCUGAAGGAGCGAGGUCGCACGUCUUCUGAAGUGCCGGAGCGGCAGAGAUCGGGAAGAAGGAAGCUCGGCGCUCGGAUCUGGAAAAGCUCUUCUCCAGCAGGCGGGUCCCCCUGCCCGGAUUGCUUCCCGGCGCCCCUCGCCGCUGCCUUCCGCGGCUGUGGCUCGGCGGAUCUCAUUGUCUUUGGGGGUCUCCCGCACCGGAGCCGGGCGGAUGCCGCCGCAGCAAGAAGGAGAAACCGGCUACAUCAGCAAGCCGCUGCCGGGCGGCUGCGAAGUGCCUCCGGUGCCUCCGCGUCGGGUCCGCAGCAGCCGAGCGGCGGCGCUGGGGGCUGCCUUGGGGAGCCGCUGCCGGGCUGGAGCUAGCGGAGGGGCCGGAGCGAUCGGAACGGAGCCUCGGCGCAGCAUCAAGUGUGUGCUGGUGGGAGACGGCGCGGUGGGUAAAACCAGCCUGGUGGUGAGUUACACCACCAACGGCUACCCUACGGAAUACAUCCCUACCGCCUUCGACAAUUUUUCAGCUGUCGUGUCUGUAGAUGGCCGACCAGUGAGGCUUCAGCUCUGUGACACAGCCGGGCAGGAUGAAUUUGACAAGCUCCGCCCACUGUGCUACACCAACACAGACAUCUUUUUGCUGUGCUUCAGUGUAGUGAGCCCUUCAUCUUUCCAGAAUGUGAUUGAGAAAUGGGUCCCUGAAAUCCGAUGUCACUGCCCCAAGGCCCCGAUUAUUCUCGUCGGGACCCAAUCGGACCUCCGGGAAGAUGUCAAAGUACUAAUUGAGCUUGACAAAUGCAAAGAGAAGCCUGUGGCGGAGGAGGCCGCAAGGCUCUGUGCCGAGGAAAUAAAAGCCGCCUCUUACAUCGAGUGCUCCGCUUUGACUCAGAAAAACCUCAAAGAAGUCUUUGAUGCAGCCAUUGUGGCUGGCAUUCACUACUCGGAUACUCAGCAACAGCCAAAGAAAUCCAAAAACAGGACUCCGGACAAAAUGAAAAACCUCUCCAAGUCCUGGUGGAAAAAAUAUUGUUGUUUUGUAUAGGGUUUUUUGUUUUGGAGUGAAGGCCUUGGAAAUGGCAGUUUGAUCAUUGAGAGUGAUUUGAGGUGACUUUUGCUGAAAAACUCUCUCUAUUCCAGACUGCACAGUUAAAAUCCACCACUGAACAUGCUGCUAAAAUUAUCUCUUUCCGAUUGAGAUGGGGAUGGGCGUGAGCUGAGAGGCUGAGGUUGACCAAAUUGUGGGUUUUCCCAUUAGUGGUAGUUUCUUUUUAGUGAGGACUGCUGGCCUACACUUUGGUGGAACUGAAAGUUGAAUCAUGAAUUCACUAUAUACAGGUGUAGGAAAGGCUAGAACCUUCUUAGGUUCUCCUAAGAAGUCUACAUGACGACUGUGAGGACUACCCUACAGUCCAAUUAUUGUUUUGCAGGUGGAUCUCUAAAACUGGGCCUCUUAGGACAUUUGGCUCAAAAUGGAGAAUUUCUCUGCCUGCAUCUGCCUGCAUUUUUAGUCUUGUAGGCUUCAGGAACACUACAUCACAUUUCUGAAAUGUACAUUGUGUUGCUAAAUUAGCAGAAUCUGCACGUGAAUCUGAUAUAUUUUUCUUAAAAUGAUAUGCCUACUUUAUGCACAGUGUGGGGAAUGUCAUAACAAAUAGAGCAGCUGUGCAAAAUUGUAUCUUCCUUGUAUACCCCGACUGACAGAUCCCUUUUACACCAUGAAAUGUGCAUGCUUGUUGGCUUGGAAAAAGGAGAAAUCAUAUUUUGAAUAGCAAUGGGCUUCUUUUCUAUUUAUAGAGGAUAUAUGACAUCAAAGAUGUAUCAAUAUCUGCAGAAAUAUGGUGCAAAAUGUAGAUAUUGGUGGUCUUGGUGAUUCUUAAUCUGAUGCCACUCAAUGCGAGCCUGACUUACCUUUGUUCAUUUGUAAUCUAUAACAUGAAGGGUUCUAAGUUGGGAAAAGCUUGUUUAAAUUCACAUUGGAAACCUUUUUCCAUAAGAUAAUCUCAACUAAUUUUUAGUCUUCUUUGCUGAAUCGGGUAUCACAAUACUGUGUCAUUGAAACAAUAUUUGCUCAUAUAAGAUAAACUGGAAAGAAAAAAAAAAACUAUUAACUGUUCAAAAUUCCAGAAAGUCUAUUUUUUAAAACAGUCAGGAAAUUUAAUCUAAGCAAACGUGCAUAAUGUUGGGAAUUGACUUUCAUUCAAAAGAUGCCAAAUCUUUUACUGGCAAUGUUCGUGUAGCAAUAAAUGACGGCAAAUGCUGGUUUACCAGUGCUCUUAAGUACUUGGAGGACAUGCUUUUGUACCAGUUUUAUUCAGUCUUCCAUAUUUGAAUAAAUCGAACAUUGGCUAAAUGCCACCUAUUUUCGUGGCUUGGGUGAGAUUUUAGGACCAUGCAAAGAAUAACAAAAGCAAAACAGCUUUUCUUUGCAAUAGAUUAAACUAAACUGUGUCUGAACUGUUGUAGAUUUAUUAUGUAAUUGCACAUCUGUUUUGGGGAUUUCUGUUCUAAUUAAGUAAUGCAAUACAGAGAUUAAUUUAAACUAUAACUGGGCUACUGUAGUAGCUUGAUUUUUCUGUCUAAUUUUCCUUCCUUGCUUUUAUGUAGCCCUUUGCAUUUAUAAUAUGAUCAGCCUAUAUUUAAACUUAAGAAAUAAUUCUUUAUCAUUCCUGGAUGAACCUUGGUUUCAAGUGUUCUUUUUCCACGUGGCUCUUUUUUUAUAUAUAGAUAGAUAUAUUCAUGUGCUAGGAUAAAAUAACCCAAGUAUUAACUUUCAUUUUUAAAUUAACUACAUUUCACUAUAACAUCUGACUGUGGGAAUUCUUAAAAGCAGAUUUUUAAAUGCCAGGAACAAAACAUAAUUGCUGAUCUAUGUUGGAAUAGAUCAAAAAUAUUUUGUCUAAAAAAAUUCACACCAUAGGAUCAUUAGCACACCAUGGCUGGUGCUAACCAUAGCUUAGAUUGAAUGAAUCUUUGGGAUAUCUCCCUUCUACAAAUCACCAGCAAUUUAUUUUGCAUCACUUGUAUCAUGCAAAAUUAAUAUGAAGGCUACCUCAUAUCAGAUGUCAGAGAGAGAACCAAGAUUCAACCAGGAUCAGAGAUGCUGAAUCAUGUGACUGCAUCCCAACAAGAAUUUCUGCAUCACACUAAACAACUCUUUUAUGAAUAUCAGGAUAAUAAUUUGUCAUCCCGUAUCUUCUAUGCUUAUUUUACUACUAUACAGAUUCUCUUCUGCUGCAUUGUAGUUUUGUUUAUUUUGGAUUCCAUAUGAUGCAUGGCCAGUCAUUUGGGUUAAGAGUUUUGGGACUAUUGGGACUUGUUCAACAAAAGCUGUUUAGCACGUUGCCUGAAUUGCAGCAUUGCAAUCAGAGGCCCACAUCAAAUGAAUAUUCUAUGCAUCUGAUGAAAUGAAGGUAAUUGAAAAAUCAAAUUAUUUUUUAAUCCCUGAGUAUCUUUGUGAUUAUUCUGCAGCAAACUCACAUGGCUACUCUACGUAGAGGAAUGCUGGUUUCUUUUCACUAAGUGUACUUGCAUUGCUAUCAGAGGAACUGUAGAUAAUUGAAGAUUACAAAAGUGAUGCUUUGAUUUCCUCCUGACACAUAAUUGUUGGUGUUGAUGCUUCCACAUUUCUAUUGUGUCUGAAUUGGCCUCACUGGGGUCCAUAGUUAUAAUCUGAGAAGCCCAAUGAAUAAAACUGAUAUGAGAGCCCUGUG